AUACAGUGUAGCUUGAAAAAAGAAAGCGAUUGAUAUUUAAAAAGAAUCAAAACACACCAAGAACGAUGGCAAGACCUAAAGGAACCGUGGCGGCUAAACCAACACAGAACACACCGCAGCUUAAGAAAAACGCGGGAAAUGUCAGAAAUGGCGGCUAUAAGCACGUGGCACAGAAACCCUCACCGAACAAGCCCAAGGACGUUGGCAGGAAGCACGACCAGCCACGUGAUGUAGUGGCGGAACGUUAUACUGACGUGUUCAAAGCGCCAUAUAAAGAUAUGGUCGGUGUCAAGGUUUUCAAUGAUAUAGUCCGACAACCCAUUUCCGACCCAAUGUGUCAGCCCAUUACAGACGUGUUAAAACAGAAGAUAUCCAGUCCCAAUGCUCGGAACGAACCCACGCGGGUGAAUAAGGGACACAGGGAUAAACAGAUUGCGCAGAAGUGGCGAUCAAAUAUGAAAAACAAACACCAGGAAGAGAAGAAACCGACGGCAAGUAGACGGACUAUGGCUGGAGUAACGUCAAACGCAAUACGUCAUCAGCGUAACGUUCUACACAUCCAAGACGUGUGACGUGUGACAUAUUAUUUUGUUCGAACUUUGUUCAAAUUGAAUUAUUUUUAUUUCUUCUAUUUACAAACACGGAACAGUAACUGUCGGAUUACCAUUUGAACAAAAUGUGUAAAUCAAAGUUGUUCAACAACGUAACUGACGGUUUUCGGCAAAAUAACGUUUUUUGUCACAUUUUUAAAUCAUUGUUAGAACGUUAGAGUUGAUCAUGCGUUAUCAUUGUUACAAGCUUUUCGUUCACAAUUCACAUGAACUUUUUUAUUUUUUAAAGUCUGACCCUAAAAAACGUGAACGAAUCCCUUUAAGUUCUUGACCAACAAAUGUUGAUAAUAUUUCCCUGUUCUGUUGUGUUUUCUUCACUUCCACGCAGAUUCAUAGGUGAUUCCUGAAUUUAAAUUUCAUGUAUUUCUGACUUCAUCGAUAAUGAAUAUAUAUGAAAAUAUGAAAGAAGUCUGUUGACUCUCAACUAUGAUAAUGCAUAUUUUUUGAACAUGCCUUUAAUUUAUAUAUUUUUUCUUGGAUAUUAUAUUAUAUGUUUAGAAAUAUAACACGAACAUAUUGAUACAUGAUAGUAUGAACUGUUUUUA